ACCCUGCCUGGCGUUCUAUAUAUAAAGCAACCAUGGCUAGAGGCUUUUCAGAGAGAUCCAAAGACAUUUGGAUCCAUCCGUUGGGAGACAAUCUCAACAUUAACCCAGGCUCCACUUUUGCCAGAGAGGCCUGACCAUGUAUUUCAAGGGAGCUGGUCCUGUUCUCUUUGCACUCCUAGCCAUUGCCUUCAUCGUUGAGACCUAUGCCGCCGACUACAAGACCUUCCUAAGGCAGCACUACGACCAUCCCAAGAGUAACAUGGGGAAGAAUUACUGUGAUGCCAUUAUGCAAAGGCGUGGGAUGACCAAACCCAACUGCAAGCCCCUGAACUCCAUGAUCCAUGCCCCCAAGAAACAAAUCCUCGAUGUGUGUGGCAAAGGAGGGAAACCUUACAAGAACGGGUUGCGACGUAGCAUCAAGAAGUUCUCUGUCACUACCUGCAAGCACCACGGUGGCUCAACUCGCCCACCUUGCAAAUACAGAGAGAGCAAGACCAGCAGAUACAUUGUUGUCCGUUGUGCAGGGAAUUAUCCUGUUCAUUUUGAUGAAGGCAUAAUCUAACCAUGUGAAGCUGUCAAAUGUUACUUCAUGCAAGAAUGAUUGAGCCAUUUCCUGCCAAUUCAUAGAAAAAAUGAUCUUGGUUUGUAAAUCCAAGAUAUUAAUUUAACCAAUUUUGAUUUUCUGUAUCCUUUUUCCUGCUUCUCUAUUUCUGUGCCAUCUUUGCUUCCAUUUCAUUUUUCCAUACUGAAACCAAAAAGCAUACGAAAACAAAGCCAUCAGCCUAUGUUUCCUUUUACUAAGCCAUCCCUGUUAUCCUGUCAAUUGCUAUUAAAUAAAUUAACUAGGAAAAGCC